GCUAAGAACCAAAACACACAAACUCAUUAGCUUUUCAAUCCAUUUCAGCUCAUUCAAUUCCUUUAGCAAAAAAAAUAUUCUUGUUCUCAAGUUCAAAAAGUAGAAACUAAGAAAAUGGCAGCAAUGUUGAAGUUGGCAUGUGUUGUUCUAGCUUGCAUGGUUGCGGUUGCACCAUAUGCAGCUGAAGGAGCAAUUUCAUGUGGUAUGGUGACUUCGAAGAUGGCACCAUGCCUUGGCUACUUGACGGGAGGUACUCUUCCAGCUACAUGUUGUGCAGGAGUCAAGUCUCUCCUUGCAUCUGCUCAGACCACCCCUGACCGUCAAGCUGCUUGCAGUUGCUUGAAGAGUGCCUCUGGUGGUAUCGCCGGGCUUAACUAUGGAAAUGCUGCCUCACUUCCAAGCAAAUGUGGUGUUAACAUCCCUUACAAGAUCAGCCCCUCUACUGACUGCACCAAGGUACAGUAAAUACCAAAAUUAUACCAUAGGAGGAUUUCCAUUUAGCCAGAAUCAAUGAGCUACUGAUGUAUGAUGAAGAAUAAAAUGGAUGUUUAGGUGAUGAAGCUUUAUAUCACAAGGAGUUCUGAUUGACGUACUUGUGCCGAGCUUCGUGAGCUAUAUCAUUCACUGUGUUGUUUUUGUUUUUUCUGUAGUAGAAUUAGUUUCUUCGUUCUGUUUUCGUAUCAUCUAAUCGGAUCAGGCAUUUCCUGGUAGUAUAUGUAAUCCUCCCACUUUUAAUUAAUGAAGAUAAAGAUUUACUUACUAUUA